CAUGUUCCUUGAUUUGGAGAAAACUAGGACUUAAAUCUGUCUGUCAUGUGAUUGUAUACAGAAAGCAAUUGAUGUCCAAGUACAGAGAUUGUCACAAGUUACUUAGGUCCAAAGCCUGUAAAUUAGAGGCUCAAGAAAGGUACAAUAUAGCAGAUGCAUUUGAUGUUGUGCUCACAUAUCAUUAAGAGAGCUGUGUGAAUAUGUCAAAAUGACUGUCUGUGAUGAAAUAAAGACACAAGCUAAAGAAAUCUGCUCUGUGAAAACUGCCAAGAAAACAUUGCCUAUAACUCAAUGGCUGCCAAAAUACUGCUGCCAGUGGUUCCAAUGUGAUUUGAUAGCUGGACUGACAGUUGGACUCACAGUUAUACCUCAAGGAUUGGCUUAUGCAGUAGUUGCUGAAUUACCUCCACAGUAUGGCCUUUAUUCGUCCUUCAUGGGCUGCUUCAUCUACUGCCUCUUUGGGACGUCAAAAGAUAUUACAUUGGGACCAACUGCAAUCAUGUCUCUCAUGACAGCACAGUUUGCCAGUGGCCUCUCCCCAGUUCCACAUAAUGCCACAUAUGCAUUAAUACUCACACUCAUGUGUGGAUGCAUUCAGUUGCUUAUGGGUAUAUUAAACCUAGGCAUUAUUGUGGAGUUUAUAUCUUACCCUGUGAUAAAUGGCUUUACAUCUGCUGCUGCUAUCAUCAUUGCAUUUGGACAAGUUAAGCAUAUAUUGGGCUUGCAGAACAUUCCAAGAGACUUCCUACAAAGUGUCUACUACACAUUUGCCAAAUUGCCACAAACAAGAAUAGCAGAUCUCAUAAUGGGUAUUGUUUGUUUGAUUCUACUGGCUGGCUUAAAAAAAAUGAAAUCAAUAGAUUGGGGAGAUGAAAAUGAAGAAGAUAUUCCAGUUUGCCGGAAAAUAUCCCGCAAGUUUAUCUGGGUCAUUGGAACAGCCCGCAAUGCAGUAAUUGUGAUAUCAGGUGCUCUUAUAGCUGCGGCUUGUAUCAGUCAGGGGUUUGACACAUUCUCCGUUGUGGGCCCUUUACCAGAGGGUCUGCCCACCUUUCAACUGCCUAACUUCACUUUGCACAAUGGCAGUACAACUGUCUCUACUGCUCAAAUAUUUUCUGACAUAGGGAUAGGCUUUGGAGUAGUGCCAUUGCUCAGUCUAGUCGAAACUAUUGCCAUUGGGAAAGCAUUUGCUCGGCAGAAUAAUUAUAGAAUUGAUGCCAACCAGGAGUUGAUUGCAAUAGGCAUCUCGAAUAUUCUUGGUUCUUUUGUAUCUGCCUACCCUGUAACUGGAAGCUUCUCUAGAACAGCUGUCAAUUCUCAAAGUGGAGUAAAAACACCAGCAGGGGGUAUAUUCACAGGUUGUCUGAUAUUGCUGGCCCUAGCUGUACUUACCCCUGCCUUCUACUACAUUCCACAGUCUGCCCUGGCUGCAGUCAUCAUAUCUGCAGUACUUCAGAUGGUCGACUUUAAGAUAAUCAUGAAACUAUGGAAAGUUAAAAAAUUGGAUUUGAUACCACUGGGUAUAACUUUCCUGCUCUCAUUUGCACUAGGAAUUGAAUAUGGAAUCCUUAUAGGUAUUCUCGUGACUCUAUUCAUAGUACUCUAUCCUCUGGCCCGACCAACAGUCAAAGUUACCCUCCGUCCUGAGACAUCAAGGGAUAUUGUCAUUCUACAGCCAAACCAGGGACUCAUGUUCCCUGGCACAGAAUAUAUCAUGGAACAAAUUGAGGGAUAUUCUUAUGAAGGGCCACCAAAGAUGGUAGUUAUUGAUUGUUCCCACAUAUCUGCAAUAGACUAUACAACGAUACAGGGUAUAGAGGGAGUGAUUGGUGAAUUGAAAAGGAAAAAGUGCAGUGUUGUUUUCUCAUGUGUACAGAUUCAGGUGUUGGAUGUUUUAUUAAAGGCAGAUAUUCCAGGCUUCAGAAGUGCCAAUACUACAGAGGAAGCUGCUGAUUUCUCAACCUUGCCAGAUGAAGAAAAGUGCAUUAAUGGUAUAGGCCAUGAUGAAAUUGAUGAAGAUGAAGAAAAUCCAAUACAACCAUUGCUAGGCAACACCAGGCAAAAUUCCAUUGCGUAACAUGCAGUCUGACACUUGGACAUUGCAACAUACAAUAGCAGAAUAAAAGGAUGUACAUGUACGAUUGAUACUAGGAGGUUCUUAGAUUAAAUGUAUCAUGGACAAUAACCUUCCAAUUAAAUACUCUUGCCAAUCAUGAUAUUACUGCUGAUCAUAUAUAGAAGAUGUACAGUGUAAUUUCUAUUUAUAAUUUCUACUGAAUAGUAUUUAUUUGAAUAACUAUUAAAAUGAGAGAGAUGGGACCACAGUAUGAUAAUGCUUUAUACAGUUAAGAAAUUUAUGUGACAUGAAUGUAAUAUUUUUUCUCUUCAUGUACCAAUGCUAAGUUAAUAAUAUUUCAUAUGAUAGGCACCAUUCCAGGACAUAAGAGAUAACAGUAGUGGUUUGUUUAUUCCAUUUAUAUCUUUAAGCCAUAGCCAUAACCUCUUUCACAAUCUGAUUUCAUUUUGAAAUAAUCCCCACCAUCUGAAUGAUGUUUUAAUUGAAACAAACAUUUUCAAUCAAUCUGUAUUGGGAUGUUAAAUAAUAAGUCAUACUAUUGCUGAAAUAUGGGAGAUCAUUUCCCCCUUUUCACUUUUGACAGAGAUAUAAUUAUAGACCCCUACUGUCAUCUUUUCAUGAAUAGCACCUAAUGAGAAAUAAUGUAUUUAUCAUAUUCACUGAUCCCCAUGGUUACAAAAAUGAACUGUUGUAUCACAACAUGGCGCUGCUUGGUGGGGGGUGGGAAUUCUAGUUUAAAACUUGUUUUAUCAGGUGCCAUGAGACAGCAGUAAAUUCCAAAAGUAUCACUUAAAAGUUAAAAUAGAUAGAAUAUGAUUUGGACUUUGCAAUUUGUAAAUGAUGAAAAUAAAGAUAGGCUUAAUUCAUUGACUUCUAAAUGAUCUCAUACAGGUCCCAUUAAGAUGAUAACCAAUUAAUUGGAAUUAUCCCAAGUAGGUUAUUUGUCUUGUGUUUUGUGCAAUAUUCUGUGCAGUAGUUGAAUAAAAUAAAUGCAUACACAU